AUGAAAAUAUUACAUAAACAUAAAACACAUACCGGAGGAAUCCAGUUGAAACUUUUGAUAGAAAAUCAUGACGAUUUGUGGUUUCUUUACAACAUAGCGUUUAAAGGAGAUGUGAUUGAGUCGUUUACAUCUCGGAAGAUUAAAACGGAAAACUGCAACUCAAUCUGCGUAAAACAGGAAAUAAAAAAAUUUAACGUUCGUCUGUGUAUAGAGUCAGUCGAAUACACAUCCUCGUACGACGACGUACACAUCGUUGGAACCAAUGUGUCUGAAAAUCCAUACAUUAAAAUCGGGCAGUAUCACACUCUAGAUAUACAUCCUAACUCAACUGUUACACUCUUUAAGGAUGAAUGGAAUAAAUUCUGCGAUGAGAAGUUAUCGAACGUUUUAAACGUGUCCAAAAAUGCAGAACAGGCGUUUCUAGUCAUUGACAAUGGCUUUGCGACGCUCUUUUUGGUAUCGCAAUAUAUUACCAGACAGGUCUUCAAGUUAUCUCACAACAUACCAAUGAGAAAGGCGUCAACGAAUAAAGUGAAUACCACAACAAAGUCAUCGGAAGUAUUUUAUAAAAUGAUUUUGGACAAGAUUGAUACUCAACUUGACUUUGGAAUCAUUAGAAUGGUGGUUGUCACAGGCCCAGGAAUCAUUAAGGAUUUAUUUUAUGAGUACAUGAAGAAUAAUUCACUAAAUUUAAAUCACUUAAAUGUUCACAAAAACAUAAGCAGAUUCAUCGUUUGUAACUCUUCGUUUUCAGACAAAAACGCAAUAAAUGAAGUACUGAGAAAUCCAGCACACUCUUCUAAGCUGAGUGAUGUAUUUUAUGUUGAACAUAACAAGGUCAUAGAUGAGUUGAAAAAGAGACUUGAGAUGAACGAUGAUAAAGUGUGCUUCGGCUACGACGAUAUUUUAAAGGCAGUAAACAUGGGAGCCGUAGAGUGUAUACUGGUUAGCGACAACAUAAUUAGAGAGGCUAAUUCAACUGAGAGGAAAAGGCUAAACGAGCUUGUGGAGGAGGUUAAAAACUUCGGCGGAAAGGCUUACUUCUUCUCAGACGGACACUGCUCAACUGAAUACGUCAAGAACCUGACUGGACUCAUAUCACUACUCCGCUACCCAAUCUAG